CCCCGGGCUGGGCUCUAGGCCCCACUCACUCCCGCCUCGCCCUCGCCUCCUCGCCAUGGCCGCCUCCACCCUGUCCCUGUGCUCCAGCGACCUGAGCUACGACAGCCGGGUCUGCCUGCCCGCGUCCUGCGACUCCUGCCCCGAGUCUUCCUGGCAGGGGGACGACUGCCCGGAGGAGAGCUGCUGCCCGCCGCCCUGCUGCCCCUGCGGCCCCUGCCCGACCCUCCUCUGCUCCCCCGUGAGCUGUGGCUGCGGCCCCUGCCAGCCAGCCUGCCCCUGCGGCCCCUCCUGCUGCCAGCCCUGCUGUGUGCCCGCCUGCUGCCAGCCUGUGUGCUGCAAGCCCGUGUGCUGUGUUCCCGCCUGCUGCCAGCCCGUGUGCUGCAAGCCUGUGUGCUGCGUGCAAGCCUGCUGCCAGCCUGUGUGCUGCAAGCCCGUGUGCUGUGUGCCCGCCUGCUGCGAGGCCUCCCCCUGCUCAGGCCCCUCGUGCCACCCGCCCGCCUGCUGUGGGGGGUCCCCCUGCUGGCCCUCGUCCAGCGUGUCCCUGCUGUGCCGCCCUGCGUGCUGUGCCCCCGCGUGCCCGUGCCCGUGCCGCUCCUCCAGCGUGUCCCUGCUGUGCCGGCCCGCCUGCCCCCGCCCCUGCCCCGCCUGCUGUGAGUGAGGCCACCCUGUGGUGCUGAGAGCCGAGCGCCCGCACUGCACCCCCAGAUCCCGCUGGGGUCUGUGCCCCCCCCCCCCCGUGCCCUGGGAGCAGCUCACCCGCUCCUGCAGCACCCGCACCCCCGUCCCCGUGCCCUGACCCCAGUGACCCCAG